UUUCACUCCAUGCAAAGUACAUUUCGCCGAUUAUUUAUAUAAUUUAGUUUGUUAAAAUGAUUUGUAAUCGUAUAUGCACAGAUAUUUUACUGAGUGUUGACAAAAAUCAACAGCAAUUUUUCUAUAUAAAAGCAAAGUGAUAUUCCGAGAAUAAUCAAAGCGUUAGCGACUUUUCUAGAGGAAUUUUCUUAACAAAUACUCAGAACCGUCCAUAAAAUAAAAUUAUUCAGUGAAAAUGCGUGCCUUCGUCGUUUGCUUAGUACUGGUGUUGUUCGUGGCGAUGCUGGUCGGCACUAGCGGUAGUCCCAUCGGCGAUAAUACUGUGCUCACUUUAGAGACAGCCGAACAACCGUUAACUUUGUUCGAUGUCGACGCGCAGCAAGGACAUGAGAACGAAGGCGAUCGCUUGGCGCGGGCCUACGGUGGCUACGGUGGCUACCGUGGUGGUUAUGGUGGUUAUCGUGGCGGUUAUGGUGGAUAUCGUGGGGGAUAUGGUGGAUAUCGUGGCGGAUAUGGCGGUCGUCGUGGUGGUUAUUAUGGUUAAAAGGAGUAUAAAUAUACGAAACACUAUAAUAUAUCUUUAAUGUGAAUUGUGAAAUUAAAAAUAUGAUUUGCCAUACUACAAGAAUAAAAUUUUAAAAAAAUUA